GCAGCAGCCAUCAUGGCGAAUACGAACCCAAGGAAAUUUGUGGAGAAAAUAGCUUUACACACUCAAAGAAUGGCAGAAGAAAAGGCACAGGUGGAUAAAAUUUUGCGCGAAGUUGCUGAAGUCACAAGGAGGUCCGCUCUCAGCAACCUGGAGGAGAUGAACGGAGGUCGUAGCGACACGCAGAUUGUCUAUCGAGAUCGGGGCCGGACUAUGACGUCCGGGGGACCAAUGAGAUCGCGGCCGGGUGAGAGACGACAUGACACAUCCCCCUACUCCAGCGGCCCCUACCUCUCCCCGCCACCACCUGAUAGCAACUGGAGGCGCACUUACAGUGACUCCUCGCUACACCAGAGUGCGGCCGCGCAGACAAACGAGUCACAACGGAGAGCAAUGGAUGGUCAGCUGACUGAUGGCUACGAGCCCAGCAGAAGACACUUGUCCGUCAGUCCGGACGGUCGGCCGAGAUCUUGCGAGGUGCCUCGGGUACCAGGAAUAAAUAUUUUCCCGUCGGCACAAGAGCCGGGCACAGUUCAGAUUCCCAUCGGCAACAACACAGGAUCUCUACCAGAUCUCACUAGUUUCCAGUUCUCUUCUCCCCUUCCCACCCCUCUGGACCAGGAGGACCAUAACAGUUCGCCCUACAGCAAUAGCCCUCAAGGGACCAGUCCCUCUACGCUUUCCCCCACUUCCCGACCCCAAGGGCGAUUUUCGUUUGGGGGCAACUCCCCUCCGAAUCUCCCCCAAACCUCUCCCCCAAACCAGGAGUCGCCCAGUCCCCCCAGCCCCCUUUUGGGACACCCUGUGGCCGGUGUAACGCUGGACAACAGUGGAGGUGGAGGGGGUAAGGAGCAGUUUUCUCCGCAGAUGGUUUAUCAGUCUACGCAGAGGAGUCCAUCACCGCAGCACUCCAUGCAGCCGUGCAGUCCGCUACCCAUAGCACAAUCCUCAUCUCCAGUACCUGUAGUGGAUUAUGUCAAUUCACUUAACUCAUAUAGAUCACCCCAUCCAGUCAAUAGGCCUAGCCCACAGAAUUCGCCUGGUCUUACUGUAAAGUACGGCAGUGCCAGUCCGUUGAGUAGCAGUCCGCAAAGUCCGUCGCCGUCUAGUCCAUCGAGCACCGGACCUAUCAGUUUCCCUGAGCACAAUAGCUACUACAUCACCCAAGAUCAGGCCAACAUGUUGCAACAUAACUUUGAGCAAUUCAGCAUGAGGGACAGCCAAGGCUCCUUGGAUUACAUAGGCUCAACAAACAACACUUCACCUUAUUCUCAGACUGAUGAUCCUUGCCCACAAGAGUUGACCCAAGAUCCUGGCUACUUCAGCACGUCUCCGUCACAGCAGCUGCAGUACUCCACUAGACACAGCGCACAGACAACACCCAACACUCCCUCUAGCAUACCUGACAUUGUACUGACAGAUUUCUCCAGUACAGCAGAAGAGUUGGCAAACCGAAAUGACGAGUUCACUAAGGAGUUAGGAGUUGCAAUGGCAGGCGCCUUUGACACUGACGAAGCUUUCCGUGAAGGUUUGGGAAUCAUAGACUUUGACGCACUUCAAAUGUUGACUGAUCCAACGGAAAUCAUCACCGACCCCAACGCUGAAGAGCACUUCAGGCAAGACAGGUUCCAGUGAGACACUCUUCCUCGGACUUUAGUCAUCUUAAGCAUAAGAGUGUAUCUAGCGUAGUUUCGUAAGCAUCCUGACUCAGUUUUCUAUCUAAAGUGUUCAUUUAAUAACAUACUACAAAGAGAAACUAACUUUCUUUUAGAUUUCUCACUAUCCAAAAUCACUGUUUCUAAAAGUGUAUUAGGGUUGCGGAAAAGCUGUUUGGAUUAAAAUAUCAGUGCCAUAAUCAAAUUUGGAAUUGGUAGGAUACAAUUUUUAAAGAUCUCAUUGUUAACGCGAUUCAAUUUUGACAUUUGCUAAACAAUUUAAUCAUAAUUUUGUAAGAUUUGAAAAUGGUCGACAUUCUAAUAAUUUACAGUGUUAUCCAGAUUUUGUUUAACAUUUCAAGUUUUAUUUUGUUUUAGUAAAAAACUUUUUGUUAGGUCUAGGAAAGGUUUUUAGUUAUUUUGAUGCCACUAACAUACAGGAUUUUACGUUCUUCUGUGUUAGUUGUCUUUGCUCAAAUAUUUAGUUUUUGAAGGAUUUAAUUUUUGUUUUCCUUAUUUUUAUUUAUCUUAUUUUAGCAGUAGACAAAGUACCAUUUUGCUCAAUUUAUUAUCCUGUAAUCCGACAUUGUACUUCCAUUGAGCUAUUUGAAAGGCAACCCUUUACAAAAAAUAUUUAUGUCUAGAAUAUUUUUUUCCAAAUAUAAUAAUUUUUUUUUAAGGAUACAUUUUUUUAAUAUAACAAAUUACAUUACUUACCAAGCACUCUAAACAUUCUAUUUGAGCAACUUAUUUUUUUGUAAAUUGUAAUUUUUUUUAGUUAUUUUGUCUGCCCACUCAAUUGAAUGAUUACUUUGUAAGAUGAAGAAUUUUGAACUGUUCUUGGAAUUGAACUAUUGUCUUUCAAUUUGUAGAGAUGGCUUUCGAAUUAUCUAUCAACCACACCAAUCCA